AUGGGGUUGAUCGUUUCGUCGUCCUUGACUUGGUCGGUUCGCAUUCAUGAGACUCCCGAAACCGUGAGAGAAGGCUACUGCGGAGCCUAUCUUUCCUUCUUUCACUCUUGCGGUCUUAUUUUCCCGAUCCCGGAGCCAAUACUCGAGGUCCUGGCGGAGCUUGGGUUAUCGCUUACCCAGCUUCUCCCGAACUUUCUUAGGCAUCUUGUCGCCUUCAUGGUUAAGGCUAGGGAGGAGGGUCUUGCUUUUGGUCUUAGCGAGUUUCGUCAGCUCGUUCUGGUGAAGCGGAAUAAGCAGAACCCUGGUACUUUCCUCGUGUCUCUGCGCCCAGUUCGCCACGUCAUCGAGGACAUCCUUUAUCGCGACGAGAAGUGGCACGAGAAAUUUUUUGUUUUCAAGAUGGAUCAAGCAUCUAUGGUUCCUUCUGGAAGCUCUUCAAUAUCAGAUGAGAUCCGUGGUCUGAUGAGGACUGUCUUCGCCUUGCUGGUGAGGACCGACAGAGCUCCUUUGGUUGAGGAGUCUGAAGACGAGGCCGAACAUUCCCAGGAGGUCGUAGCGACUCCUUCUGUUCAGACCCAGUCUUCAGAUCGGCUAACUAGACAGCUUGUGAGGAGGUCGUCGUUCCGAACUUCUGGGUCUGCAUCGAGGGGCCGAGCUUCUGGAAAAUCUCCCUUGAUCUCGAUUCAUGAUUCCGACGACGAAGAUGUUUCAGGAGAGAAUCGACCUCCUGUCUCGUUGAGUUCAGGCUCAGAAGAUGAGACCGUGGCGGAGACUCGCAAGCGACGUCGGUCAUCGGAGGGUGCCUUGCCUGGUCCGUCUCAUCCUCGGUUUGUUUCUGAGGGAGAUGUCAAGAGGGAAGCCUAUGCCAAGGUUGUUGUGGCAAGCUCUAAGGUGAUGGAAGCUUUUAAUGAAUAUGUCGUGACGAUGGAAGAUCAUCUCGUGGCUUCUCGGAACGAGAGCAUUGGUUUUGAGAUCAAGAGGCUUUCGAAGGAGCUCAAAGCCACCAAGCGAGAAGGGAAGAAGGAUGCCGAAAAGAUAGAAGCUUUGACUGAAGAAUGGAGGAGAGUUCAUCUGUAG